AGAUUGCGGCGUCGUUUGAAAGCAACUGUAAACUAUUACCAACACAAGCGUAAUGCCCAAACGAGAGACAUAAAAGAAAACUGAAUAACACAGAAACAAGCAAUAAUUAAGUGAUAUUUGUCACAUAGUGAUCUAUUGUGAACGCGCAGAGCUGUCUUAUUGUUUGGUGCUGCAUUGAAUAGCGGCGAACCUAUCUCGAUUGUAAACAAAACUAGUUUCCCGUUUUGGGCUAACUCAGAUCAUGACGUUACCGCGUUCCGAGACGCCAUUGCGUCGUUCCGCGGUCGGUAGCCAUCGCGAGAGUAUGCUGCAGGAUCGGACAACUAUGGUUAACGACGAUGAGGCGGAACGCCGUGAGGCGCGACGCCGCACGCUGCUACUGCAGCAAACGCGACCCCGUGAGAGCACCAUCCUGGAGUCCAUCGAGGAGAAUGAGACGAUAAAGAAGUGCCUGGAGAUAUAUAAUGGCAAUAAGCUGAGCCGGGAGAAUGCCUGGAGCUUGUCGUUGAUCGAUACGUUGUCCAACUUGCUGGAUCAUCAUCACAAAACGCUCAGCAACUUUAAGAUAGCUGGUUCAUCAUUGGAGGCCUCCUCAAAGGUGUAUGGAUUGCGCGUUGACUCGAUAUAUUUGGAUGCGAUGCGUAUGUCAGCUGGCCUAAAUGCACGCACGCUCACUCAGCAGCAACUGAAUGCAGCUGCCGCGGAUGAUAACGACGAUAGUGCGAAUGUCGGCCAGGUUGAAGGUGGAGGCGACGGUGGCAUUGAUGCUUCUGAGACAGCGGCGCCGAAGGCCAAGAAACGUAAACGCAAAGCAGUUUCCACAAUAACCAAGAAUAAGGAGACAUUAAAUGCGCGUCUGGAUACUGCCCCUUUGCAGGAUCCAGUAUUUGGCAAACUGAACUCUACUGUGGGCUCCAUUAAUGCCUCCAAUCGAUUAAUGAACAACAUAUUGCCCACGAAAGACUCUGAGCUGCGAUUGCGCACAAAUUAUCGCUUUUGGCAAAAUCCAAAUAUGGAUGAGAAGAUAGAGGAUUACACUUUAGUUAAUAAUGAUGAUAAGAACACCCAUACGAUAAUAGCCGCCGAGUGGGUUAAUAAGAUGCGACGCUACUAUCAGCAGCAUCUGGUUCUGCGACCGCUGCACACUGGCUAUAUUAUUAGCGAUGUGCCCAAUCCGAGCAAUGCCAACGAUCCGAUGCAGAUAAAAGAUGACGACGAUGGUGUGGAUAAUGCAGAUGAUUUCUAUGAGAAUCCUCGUGAGCUCUCGAUGGCUUUCGACAUUAAUGCUGAGUGUGAGCCGAUGCCAGAUCUGAAUGCGUUGACAGCGGCCACCGUUUUGGAGAUGGACUACAACGAGAUGGACGAGUUGACGACCGAGGAGCGGACAACGUUGCAGCAUUGCCGUGUCCUGCGCAAACAGCCUGUGUUGAUUGAGGAUUUGCGACCGGUUGACGGCAGCUCGAAGCUGGAGUAUUCGUACCGGCCGAUGGAUCAGAUCUCUCAGUUCUGGGCGGGCCCAUCGCAUUGGAAAUUUAAAAGGACACGCAACACCAAUACAUUUGCUCAAAUCACUUCACAGGAUAAUGUAACGGGCAAAAGCACCAAUGCUGCUGCGGCACGAUUACGGCGUGCAGCCGCACAGGCAGCAAAGCGACGCAGCAAGCAAAUCAACUUCGGCCAGUGCACCGAGAGUCUAUUCAAGCUGGAUGAAAGCACGAAGCUGCGCAAGGCGAACUAUCAAAAGCGCUGGGAUCCGCGCAAAUUGCGUCUGCCAACCAAAUAUGAUUUUGAUGCGAAUUACUUUUAUAAAUAUGAUUACGCGCCCAGCAUUAAGGUGAGCCGUCGAUUCGGCGUUCCGGAUGAUGAUAUUGAUAAUGAUGACGAUGUCAUGGGCAGAGAUAUGAAUGCGGUCGGCGACGAUGCUGGCGAUGAUGUUGACCUCUUUGAUAAUGAUGAGUUCCAACGGAGUUCCGAUCGUUUGCCCAAUGACAUGAAUGUGAGCAGCUUCCCAAACGCUGAUCCUGCGCUAGCUUCGUUCCGGCUCUCUGAUAACCCGAACGCAUGUAAUGAUCGGACUCAAGCCAACGAUACGGUUCUUGAGAUAUCCACUGAGUUCCAGGGAGCACCGUCGCAGGUCACCAAGGUGAUUGUGCCGUUUGCGAAACGUGCCAAGGUGAUUGACAUGAAGAAUCUCAAGCGCAGCUGCAAUUCGCUGAUACAAAAACAAUUAUUGAGCACUGCCGAAAUGGAGGAGGAAGCGAUACCCGCACAUCCGAAAGGAAAACAGGAGCACUAUGCCAAAGGUAUGGCCACCUUUAAAGAGAUCUACGAAAAGCUGCCCGCUAUGCUCACCACCAAAAUGUCAGAUUCCCUGUCGCCCUCGGUGGCUCUGUAUGCGGUGCUGCAUUUGGCCAACGAUAUGAGAUUACGGCUCAUACCACAGGACGAUUUUGAGGACUUUACAAUUAGACAAAUAACAGACUAAGAUAUAACCCAGUUGACCACCAUUUUAUAUAGAUCUAUACAGACAUUUAUUUAUA